ACGAUAAAUCGAACUAAUAGACAAUUGCUUCAUUUUCAUGAUUUAUGAUUGAUUUCGUAUCAAAUUCUCACCAGAUUUGAAGUGUUUUCGCGCAUGAUUGCGUCUACGCGGCCGUUAGCGACCAAAUUCCGGCCCAUCUAUUCUUCGAAGGGAAGAUGGGUUGGCACAAUGAUUCCAAGGAAACAAGCAAAUGAAGAUGGUGGUGAUCAAGCAGGUAUCGAGAAGGGAAAUGCUGAACCGAUUGUUACUUUCAGCAGGCCACCGCCGCUGCCCCCUGUUCUUGGAUCACUGGUGGCUAUCUCGGUGCUCGAAUCCUUGAAUAACAAAGACGACUGACAGGUGACAUGAAUCAUCAUCUUUUCCCCUGCUAGACUUUGUGUGACCAUAUGGAAUACCAAAACCUAGGAAUAAGCUCAAUAGUCUGCUUACUUGUGAUAAAUCUUUGCUAGGUAAUGAAGAGUUUUGAAUGCAAUCUGUAAGGUUUAGUAGCUUGAUGUACCAGGAUAGGAACGGGGCUAUCACGAUGUUGUAUGUGAUUGGUAGUAGUCGAAACUCGAAGCAUAGUAUCUUGACUCUUUAAUACUCCUAUAUAAACAGGUGAUGUUGUGUUAGUAUGGUGUGUAAGAAUAAAGAUUUGAAAGUAGGAGUUGCUGUCAUACAUUAUGUAGCUGCUGGGAAUGUAUCAAAUAUUUGAAGUGACAGUGUUGAAUAUAGCUUAUUUUCAGUGAA